UAAAUGUUCUAAACGUAGAAAAUACCUAGAAUUGAAUGACUUUAAUGGUAGCUAUGGGCACCCCCACCCUAGCUUUUGUCGUGACGUCCUCCAGGGGGUUCAGAUUUCCCCAGUAAUGUAAAUGAUUUCCGAGGCUCCUCCACCUCCUCCAUGAACUCCUCUUACACCUCUAGAGUUCAUCCCCGACCGGAGCUUUGACGGCACAUAUGUGUAGAGUUUCUAGAGUUGUAUAAUGGCUCUUCUGCGCAGUGUUGGGCUUCUGGCUCUGCUGGUGUCGGUCCGGUGUCUGAACCGGGAGCAGCUCUUCGAUUACGGAACCCGGUUUGGCGAUAAGAUUCUGGAUUCUGGAACCGAUUCGGUUCGAGAGCUCGAGCUGGAGCAAACGCUCUUCUUCUUCAAAGGAAAGUUCGAUAAAGUUUACGUCAACACCAAUGGCUUCAUCUCGCUGACUGACCCGACUGAUGAGUCCGAGUACCUGGGGAAGAUGCCGGCCAGUUUUGGUAUGAUUGCAGCCUUCCUGGGAGAUCUGGACACCACCGAUGGGGCCGGUUAUGUCUAUUUCCGCCAGGAUAAAAGCCCUGAUGUGCUCCAGAGAGCCGCAGAGCACAUCGGCCAAGCGUUUCCUUCUGACGACGAGAUCGAACCCACUCACGCCAUCAUCGUCACCUGGGAGAAUGUGGCGCCUCAAGGUGAACGAGGAACAGGAGGUGAAUAUGCGAGAAAUACUUUCCAGCUGGUUGUAGCAAACAUGGAGUCUGCGUCUUACGGCAUCCUGCUGUAUCCAGAGGAGAGCAUGCAGUUCGGCUCCACUCUCAUUGAUGAUGAAGAUCAGCUGGUUGAGGUCGGCUUCAAUGAAGGGAAGGUCCCGGGAUGGUUCGGGUGGGCGACCACUCAGGGAUCUUACUAUCGCAUCUCUGAAGACAGCGAGGAGUCAAUAAACGCUCUCGCACAGGAGACAAACUCGGGCCGGCCUGGCGUGUGGGUCUACGAGAUCGGCACGUCUCCGUUAUUCACCUCCAUCACGCCCGGAGAGGUCACGGAGGUCACGUCUGAGGAGACUAUGGUGGACUCUCCGGUCCCUGAGCCGUCAGUCCCGUGGAUUCGACACCGUGAAGAGCUUCAGACCUCCGAAGCACCGUAUGAAACGCUCACCACUAGUCCAGAGCCGUUCGGAGAGUCGUCGACCCCUGACGAGCUUCAGCAUCGUUAUGUUCAGCCUCAGCAGCGGCCGCAGAACCCGCAGGUGCUGAUCAUCGAUGAAGACGAGCUGAACGUCGACGUGUUCUCUUAUAAUUACGAGAUGUGCUCCAGCAACAAGCACAAGUGCUCUGUGUUCGCGGACUGCAGAGAUUACGCUGACGGAUUCUGCUGUCACUGCAAACCCGGUUACUACGGCAACGGCAAGGAUUGCGUCGCCGAGGGAGGGGUUUUCACGCGGCAGGUCGAGGUCGUCUUCCAGCCCGGGAACGAGCGGCUGAGCGUCAGGCAGGAGUUCGGCGGCAUCGAUGAACACGAUCACCUGCUGAUCAGCACCGAACUGGACGGCAGGAUCCCAGAGGUGCCUCGAGGAGCCACGGUCCAGAUCGAGCCCUACAGCGAGAUCUACCAGCACUCCAGCAACCUGAUUACGUCCUCCUCGCGGCGGGACUAUAUCGUUAGCAUGCCCGACGGUAGCGUUCGCACACAUAGCUUCUUGUGGACGCAGAACAUCAAGUUCCAGAGCUGCCCGCACGAGGAGGUCCUGAGCGCUGUGCCGGCGAGCCAACAACUCAGCGUCGACCAGAUCUUCGUCAUGUACGACUCCAGCAACCAGCUGAUCCGCUUCGCCAUGAGCAACAAGAUCGGCUCCAUCCACAGUGGAAUCCCGGAGCAGAAUCCCUGUUUCACCGGGAGACACGGCUGCGACACUAAUGCCGUCUGUCGUGCCGCUCAAGGCAAAGACUUCACCUGCGAAUGUGCCGCUGGGUUCACCGGAGACGGACGGGUUUGUUACGAUGUUGAUGAGUGCUCAGAAAGCCCUCAGAUCUGCGGUCCGUACAGCAUCUGCAGCAACCAGCCCGGAUCUUUCCGCUGUGAGUGUGUGGAGGGUUUUCAGUUCGCCGGCGAUGGACGGACCUGCGUCGAGACGGAGCGUCCCGUGGAUCACUGUCAGAGAGGAACGCAUGACUGCGACGCUCCCGAGCGCUCCAGAUGCAGCUACACCGGAGACUCGUCUUAUAUCUGCUCGUGUCUGCCGGGCUUCUCUGGAGACGGACGGGCGUGUCAGGAUAUCGAUGAGUGCCAGCCGGGCCGUUGCCAUAGCGAUGCCAUCUGCCACAACACCCAGGGCUCCUUCACCUGUCAGUGCCGGCCUGGUUUCCACGGCGACGGCUUCAGCUGCACACCUGGAUCCGAUCGUGAGCAGACGGCGUGUGAGCGUCACAGAGAAGCAGCCCAGGCCUCGUCCUCUUCCUCGGCUGGAUUCUUCUUCUUCCGUCCGCGUCCGGCCGUCGGUCAGUACGUGCCCAGCUGUGACGCUUACGGUGCUUACGAACCCCUGCAGUGUCACGCCAGCGUGGCUCAGUGCUGGUGCGUCGACUCGUCCGGACAGGAGCUUCCCGGAUCCAGAGCCCAACCGAGCAGCAGACCCAUGUGUCUUGAUCACAAUGUGGCUCCGCCCCUCAUUGGCCCCACCCCCAGAGCCGACAUCAGUCCUCUGACUCCUGGAGCAAACCUCUUAUUCACUCAAAGCGGCAGGAUCGACCACAUCCCGCUGGACGGCAACCGGAUGAUGCAAGACGAGGCGAAGACCGUUCUGCACGAACCUGGUAAAGUGGUGAUCGCGGUGGCGUUCGACUGCGUGGAGCAGAUGAUCUACUGGUCUGAAAUCACUCAGCCCUCCAUCAGCAGAGCGAAGCUGCAGGGAGGAGAAACCUCGGUCCUCGUCGCUAAAGAUCUGGGCAGUCCUGAGGGAAUCGCCAUCGAUCACAUGUCCAGAAACAUGUACUGGACCGACUCCAUACUGGACCGCAUCGAGGUGUCCCGAUUGGACGGAAGUCAGAGGCGUGUCCUCUUUGACGAUGACCUCAUCAACCCGCGACCAAUCAUCACUGACCCCGCCUUCGGAUACCUGUUCUGGUCCGACUGGAACCGUGACGGGCCCAAGAUCGAGCGCUCCGGUUUGGACGGGAGCGACAGGACGGUGCUGGUGCAGGAAGGGCUGGGGCUGCCCAACGCUUUGACCUUUGACCCCCAGAGCAGGCGGCUCUGCUGGGCGGACGCAGGAACUCGUCAGGUGGAGUGUAUCGAUCCGUUCUCUCGUCUCAGGAGGAAACUGACCGAAGGGAUUCAGUAUCCGUUCGCCAUCGUGUCUUACGGCAGAAACCUCUAUUACACCGACUGGAGGAGGGAAGCAGUGGUUGCUAUGGACCGUCAUGAUGGGAUGGAGGUGGAGGAGUUUCUUCCUCAGAGACGUUCACGUACAUACGGCAUCGCUAUCACUUACCCACAAUGCCCUGCAGGCGUGAACUACUGCUCUCGUGAUAACGGAGGCUGCUCUCAUCUCUGUCUGCCGCGGCCGGGCGGAUUCACUUGCCGCUGUCCCGACGCCAGAGACGGCUCGUGUGUCGAGCAGGACGAGAAUUUCUGA